UAUACUUGAGGAAAUCUGCAGACCACAUACUGAUGGGACAGUUAGAACAGAAAUAUGAGAUCAUCUCUAGGCCCCCUCUCCUUGAGUUUGACACCUGUGACUUAGGUAUUGAUGAAUGAGGGACUAACCUCGAGUUUAUCACAAAUGAAUGAGUAGCUUACUACUAGUGAACUACUGACAAAUAAGUUACUAACUUCUAGUCACCACCUGUCAGUGUUAACUGGCUGAUUUUAGUCUAAUAUUGGCCGUUAAACAGCCAUCAUUCAUCAUGUCCCUAACCACAAACAGGACAAAGCAUGACAUGUCCUGAUUUUUGGUUUUUGGUUUCAUUUUAUAGAAGUGUUCCCAAAACACCAGAGAUCCAAACGAGUGAAUUUUGGCAUCAGGCACAAAAGCAUGGCUCCAUUAAUAUUUACCAUCUUCAGACAGAGCUAUUGGAUGAGACAGGAUUUAUGUUAACUAGUAUUCUGUGAGCUCAACACCAAAUAAAGGCAGCAGUAAACAUUUAUCUUUUUAUUUUCUCUACUGGAAACCAUGCCUGUAUCCUCCACUGCAUUUUUGAUGGACAUGAGACAGUCUGUGUGGAUUUCUGUGGGCUGUAUUUUAUUAUUGAUGAAACUGAAAACAAUGAAAUGCUCUACAAAGAGAAAAUACAUUUCAGUGUCAGAAAAUACUGCAGAGGAAAGAGAUAAAAAUAGAUCCAACAUGGUGACACAAUACAGAAGAUUUUCAAUUAAAAGAAGAAACUGAUUCCAACAUUUUUAAGGAUGUUCCCAACAUAGUUAUAAUAUGAGACAUAUAAAAAUAUGAAAAUUAUAAACCAAAUCAGAGCUUUCUUCAUCAGAAGUAUACUGAUAUUUUCUAAUCUGCCUGUGUAUCCUUCUGUCUGUUCACUCUGAUAACUGGAAGAAGAGGACGGAAAUGUCUCUGCUGAGAUAACAUCUCUGUUUGUGGUCUGCUCAGAGGAAAAUCCUCGUAAGGACACUUUAGUCUCUCGUUCAUAGCGACUAAGCUCUAAAGUUCUCCUCUGGGCGUCUAGAAUAACAUCUUUUUCAAGUUUUUGAUGUCUGAAAAUUCUCAUUACUGUCAGUUUUUCUCUGUUUUAUGAGGCAUUAAUGGACAAUCUGCAGGAACACUUCUAAACAUUUGGGAGCAUGAACAUCAUCCUGAUCUCCUCUCUGCUGGGUGUGUCUCUUCUUAAAGUCGUUUUGGCUGAAGAGCCUCCACAGGUCAGCGUGUCAGUGUGGCCUAAAGGACUGAACAUCUACCUGGAUGAGAGCGUGCUGCUUCGCUGCAGCAUGGAGUCAAACUCCAGCUCUGUGUGGACCCAUCGAUGGUUCAGACACAGACCGGACUCUGCCCCAACCCUGAACCCUAGACACCUGGUCUCAGGUGACAGCUACUCCAUCACCGCGGUAACCAGAGAGGAUGGGGGCAGCUACCAGUGUCAGGCAGAGAGGAGGGAGGGGAACAUCAGCUCUGUGGUGAUCCUUAGCCAGCCGGUUGUUCUCAGGGUGUUGGAUGUGGCCCCUGCCUCUCUGACGGUGACCCCCAGUAGCAGACAGAUGUUCAGAGGGGAGCGUUUCUCUGUCCACUGCCCUGGUUCUCACUCUAACUCCUCCUGGACGCUGAGGCGGCUCUCACCGGGUCAAACUGAGAGGAGCAGAGCCUUCCAUACUGACCGGUGUUCACCACUAGGGGGAGCUGUUAGCACAGACAGACCUCAUACAUGUGUGUUCACUGCUGGGAGAGAGACCGGGGGCCUUUACUGGUGUGAGGGAGCCGAGGGCCGCAGCAACGCAGUCAGCAUCUCAGUGAGCUAUGGCUCAGUCAUCCUCAGGACUCCAGCCUCUCCUGUAUUUGAGGGCAGUGCAGCCUCUUUACUUUGUCAGUACAGGACAGGAAGUUACGGAAAGACGAUCUUCUUUAAAGAUGGAGUAAAAGUCAACAAGUCGACGUCUUCGAUCUCAAACACAGAGAUAAAGAUGAUGAUUGACAACGUGACGAAGGAGGAUGAAGGUUUCUAUAAAUGCUCUUCUGAUGACAGACGGGUGGAGAGUCCAGAGAGCUGGUUAUCAGUGACGCCUGGUCGAGGAAAUGGGACGUCAACAGAUGGGAGAGAAGCUUCCACUGGCUCCUGGAUAUGGAUCUUAGUUUCAUGCAUACUUCUCCUGCUGCUCACUCCUCUCUCUGUCUGGCUCAUUCGCCACUACAGGUACCAGACCUUUUGCACUCGCAGCUGUUGGCCAUCUUCUAAAAAGCGGCGUCCAGCCGUGCAGCUUCCUGCAACCAAACAGGAUGUGACAGAGGUGCAGUGGGACCUGUCCUGGAUGGAGAUGUCCGACCUGCUGGAUAAACAUUUGUACCCUGGCACCUAAAGGAUCUGUCCAAUUUAAGGGAUUGUUCGGUCAAAGCUGCUUCCACAGUGAAGCCAGACAAUGUGUUUAUGAUACUGGUAUUAAAAAAGUUUAUUUAAGGUGUACCACAAGGAUCUAUACAUUUAUCCCUCUUGUUAAACCUCGGAAAUGGCGACAGUACUCACAUAUAAAAUUCUAAAUCAUCCCUUUGAUGCAGAGCAUUAAAGUCAACAUAGAAAAUAUUGUUAAUUACGAUAUUUAAUGUUUUACAUACAUAUUUUGUGACCUUGUAAAGCUGUAUUUAACAGCUGUAUACAUUUACGGGGGGUUUCAUUCCUGAAAAGAUGUCAUGGGUGUUGUCAAUUUCACUGGUAGGGAAAUGUAUUGAAUAUAUGUAAUUCUAAUAUUUCUGAGAUGUUCUUUAUCACAUAAGAAUCCACAUAA